AUGGUUAAGUUUCUGAUCAAAAGAGGUGCAAAUGUUAAUACACAAUCAGCCGUAAAUAAGUUGACACCUUUGCAUUGCGCUGCCGUAAGAAAAAAUAAUAAAGAAAUAAUCGAAAUUCUAAUAAAAAAAGGUGCAAAUGUUAAUGCAUUAGAUGAGUCCAAGAAUACUCCUCUGCACUCAGCUUCUGCUGAAGGACAUAAUUCCUGUCAGAAAGUUAUAAAAACUCUCAUAACAAAGGAAGCAAAUGUUAAUGCAAAAAACAAGGAUGGAUGGACUCCUUUGCAUGUUGCUGCCUCAUAUUUUUCCAGUGAAAGGAUCAUAGAAAUUCUGAUAGCAAAAGGUGCAAAUGUUAAUGCAGUAGACGAAGAUAAACGUACUCCUUUGCACAUCGCUGCAUCUUCCUUCAAAGAAGAAAAUAUUAAAGUUCUCAUCAAAAAAGGAAAUGCCGCCCCUUUUUUACAGGAUAAAGAUGAUAAAACUCCACUGGAUUAUAGUAGUGAUGCAUACGACUAUAUAAUGCAACUUUUAAAGGAAAAAGCAAUUAAGAAGGGUUUUAUUUAUAGCAGUUCAACAGCAGUAUUAGGUGCUAUAACAAUGGCUAUUGCCAUUACAAAUGAAAUAGCUACAGUUAAUGCAACAUCCAUAACAGCAGCAGUCAUUAUCAUUACAAUCGUUGCUGUAGCCAUCGGUAGUGCUGCAUAUAUCUCAUCAAACCCCAAUACUAAAGUGAAUGGAACGAAACAACCUCUCGAGCUAUUAAGCUUUAAUAAGCUGUAA